UCGUCUCUUCCCUCCCUCCCUCCCUCCCUCCCUCCACCUGUCCCCGGCGCGUUGGACGCUGGAAGCCAAGAUGGCGGCGGAGCUGGUGGAGGCGAAAAAUAUGGUCAUGAGCUUCCGAGUCUCAGACCUCCAGAUGUUGCUGGGAUCUGUGGGCCGGAGUAAGAGCGGCCUCAAGCACGAACUGGUCACGCGGGCCUUGCAGCUGGUCCAGUUUGACUGUAGCCCGGAACUGUUCAAGAAGAUCAAGGAGAUCUACGAGGCUCGCCACUCUAUCAUCACCGACCCGGGCCAGCCGGCCCAACAGCAUCCGCAGCCGCCCCCGACGCAUCGACCUCCCCCCGAAGCCCUCUCCCUGCAUUCUUCCUAUGACCGCAGCAGCGCGGUUCCACGGACUGCCCUUUCCACCCCCAGCAUUGACUAUCCUUCCCUCUACGGGAAAUACUUAAACGGACUCGGACGGUUACCUCUCAAGUCCAUGAAGCCCGAGGUCCAGCUGGUUAAGCUUCCCUUCUACAACGUCUUGGAUGAGCUUCUGAAGCCGACGGAGCUGGUCCCACAGAAUAACGAGAAGCUUCAGGAAAGUCCGUGCGUCUUUGCAUUGACACCGAGACAAGUGGAUCUGAUCCGAAAUUCCAGGGAGUUGCAGCCAGGUGUGAAGUCGGUCCAGGUUGUCCUCAGAAUCUGCUACACUGAUACGAGCGGCCCUCAGGAAGAUCAGUACCCCCCAAAUAUUGCCGUGAAAGUGAAUCACAGUUAUUGUUCUGUCCCGGGCUACUACCCAUCAAACAAGCCAGGUGUGGAGCCCAAGAGGCCUUGUCGUCCCAUCAACCUCACUCAUCUCAUGUACCUGUCAUCAGCAACCAACCGCAUCACCGUAAUUUGGGGCAACUACGGAAAGAGCUAUUCGGUUGGCCUGUUCCUUGUGCGACAGAUGACGUCAGCAGAGUUGCUGCAGAGGUUGAAAACAAUUGGAAUCAAACACCCAGAGCUCUGCAAAGCACUUGUCAAAGAGAAGUUGCGCCUGGAUCCAGAAAGCGAAAUUGCCACUACAGGGGUUCGCGUGUCUCUCAUAUGUCCGCUGGUAAAGAUGCGGCUCUCCGUGCCGUGCCGGGCAGAGACCUGCGCCCACCUGCAGUGCUUCGAUGCUGUCUUCUACCUGCAGAUGAAUGAGAAGAAGCCCACGUGGAUGUGUCCGGUGUGCGACAAGCCAGCCACUUAUGACCAGCUCAUGAUUGAUGGGCUGCUCUCGAAGAUCUUGACCGAGUGUGAGGAUGCGGACGAGAUCGAGUACUUGGUGGACGGCUCCUGGUGCCCGAUAAAAGCGGAGAAGGAGAGAAGCUACAGCCCUCAGUGCCCGAUACUGGUUGUGGGUGGAUCCACAGGGGGCACUUCCGACAUCAACGGGGCCCCUCCCCCUGCUCCCAGCACCAACGGAGAGAACGGCAAAGUCCCCGCCGACGUAGUGGAUUUGACACUGGACAGCUCGUCCUCUGAAGAGGACGAAGAGGAAGAGGAGGAGGAGGAGGAGGAGGAGGACGAUGAUGUGGGGCCCAGACUGAAGCGACCCCGCCUCUACAAGAAGGAUCUGGCUUCCACCUGCUGACUGCCAAGGGCACUACGGGACUCCUAGUGGAAAAGCUUGAAUACUCUGGUGCUUACUUGGAUAGGGGAAGAGGGGCUGUUCUUCCCCCCACACACACAUAUACCCUCCCCUCCCCUUCCGCCUCGCCCUUCUCCAAAGCGGACCUUGUACUCCGCAGAUCCAAGAUAAGACUCCGAACGAACGCGCGCUGAGGAGCUGCUGCAUGGCUGGAAUUCUCUCCUACUCCAACUUCCUGUCCCCGCAAAACAAUCUCAGGCUCUCGUCAGCUCGGCCCGAACCGUGGUCAGAAUUAAGGGACUUAGGCGGCCUGUCGGGGAUCGCCACGGCCUCCGUUUCCCUUCUGUCUCUUUCCUUUACCAUUGAUUUGUGCAUAACCUUAAACGGCUGGCCGGCUGCAGCGUGUGGACACCGAAUGGACCAUUUUUUGAGCCUUGCUGUGUCUCUCCGAAGCUGUGUGCAUUCUCCCCCUCCCCCACCCCGACCCCUUGUUCAACAACCAUUCCAGACACUCUCAAAGCGCCUCGUUGAACAUGUAAAGUGGGGUUUGGGGGUUGGAUUUUAUUUUUGGGGGGGUGGACCGGCUGGGAGGUUUCUAGGACCCAGAGAGCUUCCAGGUUGGAUGUUUCUUUCUGGGGGCAUGUAAAGUUUAGGGCUUUUUUAAGGGGGGGGAGGGGGGGAGAGAAAAUCACGAGAGAUUGGACUCGCUCAGUGUUUGAGCGGCUUGUAACCUCAUGUAAAGAAAAGGUUGGAAUCCUUUUUAGCCACUUCUGAAAAUAAUGUAGAGUUCUUGC